AUUGAACUCAUCUUACCGUUAAAUCGCAGAAACCCUAACGUAUGCUUACAUCUGGUAAGUUAACUCAAAUGCUUAUUUCAUACAUUUGUUCAUCAUAGUAGAGUUGAAUUCUUUCGUGUAAUGAUGGAUUAACUUAUCAUAUUAGCAAUUAAGAAUUAGGGUUUUUGUUUUUGUUUCGAUUUUUAUACAAUAAUGUUGUAAUGAAGUGAUAUUCAUUAAUAACAUGAACAAUGCAACAACUGAAUCUAGUUCAAAGAAGAAGAAAAGGAAUAAUAGUGAUUUCGUACAGUCACUUGCAAGGAUUGCAGUGGCCCAAAUAUGUGAAACCCUAGGGUUUAGAGGGUUUCAACACUCUGCACUUGAUACACUAUCUGUUAUAGCCUGUAAAUACAUUCAAGAUAUCGGAAAGUUGUCGAAUUUUUACGCAGAAUUAGCCGGUAGGACCGAGAGUAAUGUGUUUGAUAUAGUUCAUGGGCUGGAAGAUUUGGGGAUUUUACAGGGGUUUGUAGGCGGUUCGGGUUUAGAUCGUAGUUUGUUGGAGUCCGGGAUUGUUAACCAGAUUUCUCGGUUUAUUGGCGAGUCGGAAGAAGUAGCGUUUGCGUAUUCGGUUCCGUCGUUUCCUGUGGUUAAAGAACGGGAGUGUGCACCGAGUUUCUUUCGUGCUGCAGAGACGCCCCCUGAUAAUGUACCCCCUUGGUUACCUUGUUUUCCUGAUCCCGAAACAUAUGCUGUUACUAGCUCGGCUUCGGCCAGUAUAGAACAAAGUGAGACAAAGAAGGAUGAAGUUGAUCGAGAUCAGAAGGUUGAAAUGUUAUCGUUGUUGAGAGCGGAAGAGCGUUUGGUUUGCAGUGGGUUUAACGUUAAAGUACCUUUUGUUAUUAAAGCGGGACGUGGUAGUGGAAAGGGGCAAGUGAAUAAUCCUUUUCUUGCGUCUGCUUUAGAAUACGGGGAGAUGAAGGUUUCUUUGGUUUCUCUUCCUGCUAGACUUGUGGAAGAAGACGUGGCCCGAAAUCAUAGUGUAUGGGCCAAACAUGUGUCUUCGCUGUGGACGUUUGCUCCGGUAACUCACGGGUUUAAAAGCAGUGAUCUUGAAACAUAUGAAGGUAGCAAAGAGAUUUCUGUAGGCAAUAGACCUGCAGUGCGGUUGAAGUUUAACACGCGCAAGAAAUCAUCAGUUACCGCAAAUAAACACAGAAAGCGUGAAGUCACAGAAAGCGUGAUUCGAGAAAUGACGGGAAUAUGAUCAAAGAGAAGACUGAAGAUGUUUUAGAGAACACAAAGAUAUGGUCAAGCAGUGGCGGAUCUUGCCCGUUGAACGUGCCAGGGCCGAAAGACACGAGCACUAAAAAAAGCCCAGGCAAGCCUGGGCCAAAAAUAGUAUAUAUAAACAAUUUCGAUCGAAAUGCGGAAAAUUAGCACUACGGCCGAAAAACUUGCCCGGGCCGUGGCCCUGCCGCAGCCCUUCUAAGAACCGCCCCUAUGGUCAAGUGGCCGGUUUUAGGCGAUUUGUAGGUUAUUUUGCAAUGAAAUUACAAGUAUGGUGGCUAGAGUAAAAAGUAUUGGUCUUACCUUGUCAUU